AUGUCGACCUCCCAAACCCCCCUCCGCUUCUCCUCCCACAAAUCCCUCACCUCGCGCUUGAUCCUCUCCACAUUGCUCGGUCGCCCCAUCCGUAUCGAUCAGAUCCGCCCCAAUUCACCCACCAACCCUGGCCUGGCGCCUCACGAGAUCUCCUUCCUGAGACUUCUCGAAGCAGUCACCAAUGGCGCUCACAUUGAAAUCUCAUACACGGGCACGGUGCUGCUGUACAAGCCAGGAUUGAUCACCGGGUCGGCGCCGGGCAGUGGAGCGGACGGGGUGUCAGGAGUGUUGACGCACGAGAUCCCGGCCACGAACACACGAGGACUGGCCUACUUUUUGAUCCCAAUGUGCUUACUUGCGCCGUUCAGCAAGGCCAAGUUCAACAUCUUGUUCACUGGUCCCGGCGUGAUCACCAGUUCUACCCCAGAGACUUGGGGGGAUAUGAGCGUGGAUUCUGUCAGAACUGCGAUUUUGCCUCUCUACGCGAAGUUUGGCAUCGAGAGGGAUAUCGAGCUGAGGAUUUUAAAACGAUCUAAUCCUGGGCCCAGGGGUCUGGGCGGAGCCGGGGAGGUACAGUUGGUGUUCGGCCACCAAGUGCGGCUGCCCAAGACUUUACAUAUGCUCAAUCCAGGGAGAGUCAAGAAGAUCAGAGGUGUGGCUUAUUCGACAGGCGUGAGUGCGCAGAACAAUGCAAGAAUGAUUGAAGCAGCAAGGGGCGUAUUGAAUCAAUUCGCAGGGGACAUUUACAUCUUCUCGGACGUUAGCAGUGCUAGUCUAAUGCCUGCACCCACAAAGGACAAUCCAAGCGCCAAAAAGAAGGUCGGCCUCGGCUUUGGGCUCUCUCUCGUGGCGGAGACUUCAACAGGAUGUCUGUAUUCUGCAGAUUCGGCGAGUCCGCCGGAGGGAGGUCAACCGCCGGAGGAUAUUGGACGGAUGAGUGCAUUCCAACUCCUCGAGAGCAUUGAGAGAGGUGGCUGUGUGAGCCUGGAGGCUCUCGAGACAGUUUUCACCUUGAUGACCAUGGGAUCUGAGGAUGUUGGGAGAAUCCAGGUGGGGCGAGAUGUGAUGGCGAACGAGCACACGAUUCAACUAGCGAGAGAUCUGAGUGCUUUCGGCUCUGCAGGGUGGGGAAUAAGAGAUGCUGAGGGUGAGAAGGGAGAAGGACAGCUCUGGGUCAGCAUUGUGGGUAGGGGAGUUGGCAAUGUCGGACGAAAAAUUGGCUGA